AUGGGCCAAACAGAUGAUCCAGUAGAAGUGCCUGAAGGAAAGGAACAGACUCAGAUUGAAUCAUCCAAGAAGGAGUGGCUUUUGGUUUAUGGAUCAAAUGAUUCUGGGACUAUAUUUGAUUCUUUAUGGAAUUGUAUUCCCCCAUUUAAAGAUGCUGAUAUUAGCAUAGGAGUCUUAACCCUUUUGGUAUCCUUCUUAACCAGUAUUGUGUGGACUCGCACUAUCAGAGCAGUGGAUGAUCAACCUGAUCCAUACAACUGGCUGUUUUAUAAUUUUGAGUGUCCACAAGAAUGUUUCUGUCCUCCCAGCUUUCCAAAUGCUUUAUACUGUGAUAGCAAGGCACUUAAAGAAAUACCUGUCAUCCCAGCAAGAAUCUGGUAUCUCUAUCUCCAAAACAAUCUAAUUGAGACGAUUACAGAAAAGUCUUUUGUGAAUGCCACCCAACUAAAAUGGAUAAAUCUGAACAAUAACAAAAUCACUACCAAUGGAAUUGAAAAGGGUGUGUUUAACAAUUUAAAAAGUUUACUCUACUUGUUUCUGGAAGACAAUUAUUUAGAAGAGGUGCCUGCUCCCCUGCCAAUAAGCCUUGAGCAACUGCGUUUAGCAAGAAACAGAAUCAGUAUAAUUCCUGAAGGAGUCUUCAACAAUUUGGAAAAUCUAACUAUGUUAGACUUACAUCAAAACAAGCUGUUGGACAACACUCUCUCAAGCAACACCUUCCAAGGACUGAGAAGCCUCAUGCAACUCAACGUCGCUCAAAAUGCCCUUACAAAAAUGCCACCAAUCCUUCCACCUAAUGUAAUGCAACUAUUUCUGGACAGUAAUUCUAUUGAAGCAAUACCUGAAAAUUAUUUUGAUGCAAUUAAUUCUAUUGAAGCAAUACCUGAAAAUUAUUUUGAUGCAAUGUUCAAAUUAGUUUCCCUACGGCUGAACAACAAUAAAUUAACUGAUGGUGGUUUACCAAUCAAAGUCUUUAAUAUUUCAUCGCUUCUUGAUCUUCAGCUAUCAUACAAUGAACUCACCAUAGUCCCAGCGAUUAGUAUCUACCUUGAGCAACUUCAUCUUGAUAACAAUAGGAUCAAUACUCUUAAUGGAACUCAGAUGUGUCCAAUUCCUCUCCCAGGAGAUUAUGUUUACGAGAAAAAUUUGCCACAGCUCCGUUAUCUGCGCCUGGAUGGCAAUGGAAUCCAACCCCCACUUCCGCUGGACCUCAUGCUAUGCUUCCGGCUCCUUCAGGCUCUUGUUAUUUAA